AUGAGAGAAUGCAUUGAUGAGAGCCAUGAGUCAACGAGAGAAUGCUUUGAUGUGAGUCAUGAGUCAGUGAAUGAAUGCUUUGAUGAGAGCCAUGAGUCAAUAAGUGAAUAUUUUGAUGAGAACAAUGAGUCAAUGAGUGAAAACGUUGAUAAGAAUCAUGAGUCAAUGAGUGAAUGCAUUGAUGAGAGCCAUGAGUCAAUGAGGGAAUGCAUUGAUUUGAGCCAUGAGUCAAUGAGUGAAUGCAUUGAUGAGAGCCAUGAGUCAAUGAGUGAAUGCAUUGAUGAGAGCCAUGAGUCAAUAAGAGAAUGUGUUGAUGAGAGCCAUGAGUCAAUGAGUGAAUGCAUUGACGAGAGCCAUGAGUCAAUGAGGGAAUGCAUUGAUUUGACCCAUGAGUCAAUAAGAGAAUGCAUUGAUGAGAGCCAUGAGUCAAUGAGAGAAUGCGUUGAUGAGAGCCAUGAGUCAAUGAGAGAAUGCGUUGAUGAGAGCCAUGAGUCGAUGAGUAAAAACGUUGAUGAGAGCCAUGAGUCAAUGAGAGAAUGCAUUGAUGAGAGCCAUGAGUCAAUGAGAGAGUGCAUUGAUGAGAGCCAUGAGUCAGUGAGUGAAUGCUUUGAUGAGAGCCAUGAGUCAAUGAGAGAAUGCUUUGAUGAGACCCAUGAGGCAAUGAGAGAAUGCAUUGAUGAGAGCCAUGAGUCAAUGAGAGAAUGCGUUGAUGAGAAGCCAUGCCCCGCCAAUGAGUGUGAUGCGUGA